UAACGUCAUACAGUCGUGCCGUGUUUACUAACGGCGGCUAAGCGGUGUUCGGAGAAAUACAAAUAUAAAUCUGGUCAAAACAACGAGGAGGUUUCUAAUAACUGCAGAUGGCGGAUCCUGCGGUGGCGUCGGGAGGCCCUCUGAAUGCGGGAGCGCGUGGAAGUGCUGGUAAAGCAACUUCUAGCCCUGCAGAAAACUACCUCCUGGCACGCCGUCGCACUCUGCAGGUUGUUGUCAGCGCCCUGUUGACUGAGAGUGGCUUCGAGAGUGCAGAGAAGGCAGCUGUGGAAACCCUAACUGAGAUGUUGCAGAGCUAUAUUACUGAAAUAGGUCGAUGUGCCAAAGCAUACUGUGAACACACAGCCAGGAGCGUCCCGACACUGUCAGACACAGUGGUCACGCUUAUUGAAAUGGGUUUCAAUGUUGAUACUUUGCCUGUAUAUGCUAAAAGAUCACAAAGGAUGGUCAUAACUGCCCCUCCUGUGACAAAUGCUCCUGUGACUCCCAAAGCGCUGUCAGCUGGACAGAAGCGCACACAUCCAGCCCACAUCCCCAGCCACUUCCCAGAAUUCCCCGACCCUCACACGUAUAUCAAAACACCUACUUUCAGAGAACCCGUGUCAGACUACCAAGUGGUGAGAGAGAAGGCAGCAACUCAGAGGAGAGACGUGGAACGAGCACUCACACGCUUCAUUGCCAAGACUGGAGAAACUCAAAGCCUAUUCAAAGAUGACAUCACUACCUUCCCAUUAAUCGCAGCGCGGCCGAGCACCAUCCCAUAUCUCAGUGCCCUCCUGCCCUCAGAGCUGGAACUGCAGGCUCUGGAGGAGACGGACUCCUCUGAGCAGGAUGACCAGACUGAUGGCGAGAACACAGCAGGAAACGCCAUUACUGAUGAUCCAGGAGCUGACAAAGAGAAUUCCAUGCUUCCUCCCAGCGGCGUAGUUCCAUCCACCAAGGCUAGUGAGGACAAUGUAAUCGACAAUCCGUACCUCCGGCCGGUCAAGAAACCCAAAGUAAGGAGGAAGAAAUGAGACGGGACGAAGCUUAAAGCAACAGACUCAUAUCUGCUCCAGUCUUUGGUGCUUACAACAGUCCAGUCAGUGAUUCCCUGCACAGGGGAAGUGGCCCGGGGUUGAAACCUGCUGCGUGAGCUGAGACCAGCGACUGCUUUGCCUCAGCAGCGGGACCAGUACUGCAGAUUGACUUCCACAGAAGAUGGCUUUUUUUGUUGUGUUAAGUGUCACUUUUUCAGCAGGAACUCUCUUUGUUUAAAAAUCUGUCCUACAUUAUUUUGUAAGCAACAUCUUUAUGUAACAUACAGGU